GCUGCGCUGAUGGGAGGGACCACCAUGGUGAUCGGACACAUCCUUCCCGACAAGGACAUGUCGCUGCUGGACGCCUACGAAAAGUGCCGGAGCCUGGCCGAUCCCAAAGUCUGCUGCGACUACGCUCUCCACAUGGGCGUCACCUGGUGGGGAGCUAAGGUCAGGAAUGAGAUGGAGAUCUUGGUGCGGGAGAAGGGAGUGAACUCCUUCCAGAUGUUCAUGACCUACAAGGACCUGUACAUGCUGAGGGACAGUGAACUCUACCAAGUUUUCCGACACUGCAAGGACCUGGGUGUCGUGACUCGAGUCCACGCCGAAAAUGGAGACCUGGUGGCCGAGGGGGCUCGGGAGACCUUAGAGCUUGGAAUCACUGGCCCUGAGGGGAUUGAGAUCAGUCGGCCUGAGGAGCUGGAGGCGGAGGCCGUGCAUAGAGCCAUAACCAUCGCUAACCGGACCUUUUGCCCUGUGUACUUGGUGAACGUGUCCAGUAUGUCAGCGGGUGAUGUCAUUGCUUCUGCCAAAAUGCAAGGAAAACCAGUUUAUGCAGAAACCACCACGGCCCACGCCACCCUGAAUGGUCUUCACUACUACCACCAGGACUGGUCACACGCUGCCGCCUAUGUCACCAUCCCCCCGCUGCGUCUGGACUCCAACACCCCCAGUUACCUCAUGAGUCUGCUGGCCAAUGACACGCUGAACGUGGUGGCCUCCGAUCACCGGACGUUCACCACCAAACAGAAGGCCAUGGGCAAAGACGACUUCACCAAAAUUCCCCAUGGAGUGGGCGGCGUGCAGGACCGCAUGAGCGUCAUCUGGGAGCGAGGAGUGGUGGGAGGUAAGAUGGACGAGAACCGCUUCGUGGCAGUGACCAGCUCCAAUGCAGCCAAGAUUCACAACAUGUACCCGCGCAAAGGACGCAUCAUCCCCGGGGCGGACGCAGAUGUGGUGGUCUGGGACCCCGAAGCUACAAGGACUAUCUCAGCCAGCACCCAGAUCCAGGGCGGUGACAUCAACCUGUAUGAGAACAUGCGAUGCCACGGCGUGCCUCUGGUCACAAUCAGCCACGGCCGUGUGGUCUACGAGAACGGCGUCUUCAUGUGCGCCGAGGGCUCCGGGUCCUUCUUCCCCAUGAGGACUUAUCCAGAUUAUUUAUACAAGAAGAUGAUCCAGAAGGAAAAGGUGUUGGGCCUGAAGUAUGUAGACCGUACCCCAUACCAGGGAGACGUGGCUGUUGUGGUGAAUGCUGGAAAAAAGGAAACAGGAAGUCCAUCAGCAGAUACUCCGAUCCGGCCAACCACUCGUCACGGCGGCAUGCGGGAUCUCCAUGAGUCCAGCUUCAGCUUGUCUGGUGCUCAGAUUGAUGACCACGUUCCGAAGCGAGCCUCAGCUAGAAUCCUCGCCCCUCCCGGAGGAAGAUCCAGUGGGAUCUGGUAAACACUGAAUUGCGCCCACUCGUCCAUGAUACCCCACUCCUGCAGAAGAUCAGCCCUUCUGCCCCUUGUCAGUCACACCCAUCACGUGAAACCUCACCUGUAAUUUGUCGAAAGAGGGGGAUCAACUGUGACUCUUCAUCGUUUACCCGCCAACGACACAAGACUGCGGUGUCUGCAGCCGGAGGAAUGUCACCAUUUGCUCCUUACACGUCUUCUUCCCGGGACACCUUCCGCAGACCUCCUAACCUUUUAUUUAUUGUAGUGAUAGCUGACUGUGUGUGCGCGUGAGCCCUCGAGUGUGUGGACGGACAGAACUCUGGCCUUCGUCUCACGGUUAUUACCAGUCUUCGUAGACGUGAGGUGUUUUAUUCACAGAAGGGAUGAUGGCCCUAGUCUAUCGAGUGCUGCUUCCUCUUAUGUGUUUGAGGGGUUUAGUGUCUCUCAGGCACCAGGAACUUGGGCUACCCCCUAUAGUGACGCCACUAGGUGCAGGGAGGCAUCUAUUCCAGUGAGGAAUCCUACCAGUGGCAGUUUUUGAAAUGGCUUCAUCCAUUAGUAACUAAGGGCUCUGUCAUAAACUCUCAUCCACCUGAACCUCAUGGAUAUUCCAAUAGCAAUAACCUUCCCCCCCCCCCCCCCCUCCCGACCAGUGUGACUGGAGGGAAGUCCGACAGCUCCCCAGUACCCUGUCCGGUCUCGUCUUAAUCAUAUAUGCACGACCCAUGGUCUUAUAUACACAUUUUGGAGCUUAGGACCAGAGCUUAAUGGCUAGCGGAGACAUGAAAUGUGGUCAUAUCCAAGGUAACCAGACCAGCAAAGGGGCCCUUGUAAAAGCUUCUCCCCUCUGACCAGAAUCAGUCAUUCUUUGAGGUGGCAGGAUCCUUCAUACUGGACGAGUCAAGCUGAGGGCAAUGCAUGAAACAGACCACCUUCCUAGGAUACUUGCGUUCAUUACAGCAGCUGUAGUGACCCCUUGAAGCUUGGAAGGGCUACAACAGUGGUCUUAAACUUUGGAUGUUGCAAAACUUCAACUCCCAGCAUGCGGCUGUCCGGGCAUGCUGGGAGUUGAAGUUUUGCAUCAUCUUGAGUCAGAGCUGGUGCAAGGAUUUUUGCCACCCUAGGCGAAAGCUAAUUUUGCCACCCCCUGACCCUGCCCAUUGGCUCCUCCCCCCUUGACACUCCCCACCUUACUACUGGGGUGACACACUGUAACAAACCUCCUCCUCAUGGGGCAGAUGUAUGGAGGUGCGUGCGAUGUCAGGGGAAUGCUGGAUGGACCUGGCCUGCCUGUCUGGCCUUGGAAGUGGCACCGCACACCUCCAGCAGGCUGAAGAAUGCAGAUUAUUAUGGUAUCGGGGGGUGUCGUGCCAUGGUGAUGCCAGCUGGGCGGGUGCUUAGAAUGAGCUGCGUGUGCUUUAGACACUGGCUGGCUACUAACUUUCUUGCAGUGAGCAGAGCAACACCCCCCUUUAAGAGGGCGCUCUAAGCGGCUGCCUAUUUUGCCUAUAGGCAGAACGGGCCCUGUCUGGAUGGCCAUAGUUUGAGACCACAAGUCUCUAAUGGACGUCUUGUUACAUAGUUGCAACCACGCAAUGGUCGUGGUUGUCCUGGUCAGUUGGUCACGAUGUCACCGCAAUACAACAUACUGUCUCAUUCUGACCGGUUCUGUUAUAUACGUGUACACAAGGCACAACUGCCUUUAUUGUCGAGUAGAUCAGGUGCACGACCUUCAUGGUCAGCCUCAAAACCACCAUAUUUAUGCAAAGCCCGGGGAAGGGUUUUAAUUGCCCGAAACAUUGCGUUCUAAAUCCAUUGUAUGCCCCUUAACGAGACUGCGGGAUACGAUCCAUAAAAUCAUCACAUAAGAGUGUACAGAUCUGGUAGAUUAGUAAAUCAUCACCUGGAAGGAUUCUCUACAAGAAUGUAUCUCCAUUUGCCGAACAGAGGAAGGAUCAGCAAGAGCAGUGACAUCACAUUUAAAACUGUGUGAUGUGAUGGAGAGAAUAGUGUGGUCCGGCACUAACAAGACUAAGGCCUGUAGCUAUCUGGACAAAUGCAACAGUGGAGUCCGUUGGUGACCCCAGAAUUAACGUUGACAACGGUGGUGCAAAGUACAUAUGCAAUUCCAACAAAGACAGAACUGCACUCACCAUACAACGGAACUUUAUUGGAGUAUUCCAGGCAUGUCAAGCAGGUGCGGUGGUGGAAGCGGGGGGCGUAACCGGGACAGACUGUUUCACGCUUUCACAGCGCUUCUUCCAGCCGGUAUACCAGUAGUGGAGGUGGGGGAUGUGACCGGGACAGACUGUUUCACGCUCUCACAGCGCUUCUUCCAGCCGUUAUACCCGUGGUGGAGGCAGGGGACGUGACCGGGACAGACUGUUUAACGCUCUCACAGCCCUUCUUUCAGCCGGUAUAC